AGGAAAUAGAGAUCGAGCAAUCAGAGGGGGAUUUUUCAAUUGAUUCUGUGGUGAAGAACAGACCUUCCAAAACAUUCUCAGUAGGCUUCCAUGGAGGUCUCUUUGCCAGUGCAUAGACCCGUCUGUUCCAAAACUAUCUUAUUCAGUGACAGAGCUCAUUUCAAGAUCAAACCUUCUCUUGGGUUCUUUCCACAUGGAAGAACUGGGCAAUCCUUCCAAUCUUCUUCAUGGUACAAAGAUUACUCUGUGGCUGGAAUCACUGCAAGUGCGGAUUUUUCAAGGAGAAGACAGAGGAAAUUUUUGACUGCAAGCCCUGAAGACUCUGUGCCAAAAGGGUUUAUGCCAAGGACGCAGGUAGGAACAAGCACCCAGAGGAGGGAUCAGAAGAAUGAUGGACAAAAAGAAGGUCCAAGUACUCCCGCGACCAAAGAUCUUGCAGGUCCAAAUAAGAAAACAAUUGAAGUGAAAGUUGAAACAGAUCAAAAAGAGUCUGUUGAAAUUGAGCAAGCAGAGAAAGUUGAGGAAGAAAUUGAAAAUGAAAUUCAUAUUGCUAAAGAAAGUCAAUUGGCAGAAAAAAGAGGAACUGGUCCAAUUGAUGAGGAUUUGAUGGAGUCACAGAAAAUGAAAAUCAAUGCAAAGAGUGUUGGUGGAGAUAGUGAUAGAAUAGCUUUAGAGGGAAAGCACCUGGAUAUCAGUAAAAGUAAUGAAGUAAAACAAUGUGAAAGCAAUAAGAUUGAUGUGUCACAGGGAACAACAUAUACAAAGGGUAACACUGGGGAUGCUAUUUAUAGGACAGAAUUAGAAGGAAAGCAUGUGGAUAUUACUAAAGGUGAUGACAUCACACAGAAUAGAAGCGCUGAAAUUGAUGAGUCACAGAAAGCGUUGAAAUCAAUGGAACAUAUUCAGAAGACUGAUGUGUCAGUUAGUGAAGAAAAAGCCUUGGAGGAGUCUUAUCUAAAGUUAAAGCUGGAGAUGGAAGCAGAUUUACGACAACAGGAACUGGAGAGGCUUGCCGAGGAGAACUUCUUGAAAGGAUACAAACUGUUUUAUUAUCCCAAGGUGGUAAACCCUGAUCAAGAUAUAGAAGUGUUCCUUAAUACUAGCCUCUCCACUUUGCGUAAUGAACCUGAUGUCAUGAUCAUGGGGGCUUUUAAUGACUGGCGAUGGAAAUCUUUUACCAUAAAGCUGAACAAGACUCAUCUCAAUGGGGAUUGGUGGUCUUGUCUGGUUCAUGUUCCUAAGGAAGCAUACAAGAUGGAUUUUGUGUUCUUUAAUGGAAAAGAUGUCUAUGACAAUAAUGACCGUAAAGAUUUCUGCAUAACUGUGGAAGGGGGAAUGGAUGUUUUUGAGUUUGAAAAUUUCCUGCUUGAGGAGAAACGUAGGGAACUUGAUAAACUUGCUGAGGAGCAAGCUGAAAGAGAAAGACAAGCUGAAGAACAAAGGCGAAUAGAAGCAGAGAAUGCAGCAAGAGAAGCUGAUAGAGCACAGGCGAGAGAGGAGGCUGGAAAGAGACGGGGAAUGUUGCAAGAGUUGAUGAAGAAGGCUGUGACAUCCCUUGAUAAUGUCUGGUACAUAGAGCCUAGCAACUUCAAAGGUGAGGACAUGGUGAGGAUAUAUUACAACAGAAACUCUGGUCCACUUACUCAUCUAAAGGACAUAUGGAUUCAUGGAGGGUAUAAUAAUUGGAAAGAUGGGUUAUCUAUCGCUGCAAGACUUGUCAGCUCGGACAUAAAGGAUGGAGACUGGUGGUAUGCUGAUGUUGUUGUACCUGAUCGAGCCCUUGUCUUGGAUUGGGUUUUUGCUGACGGCCCACCACAGCAUGCCUCUGUCUAUGACAACAAUUGUCGCCAAGAUUUCCAUGCUAUUGUGCCAAUCUGCAUUCCUGAAGAACUGUACUGGGUUGAGGAAGAACACCAGAUAUAUAAAAAACUUCAAGAGGAUAGAAGGUUAAGGGAGGAGGCUAUACAUGCCAAGGCUGAAAGAACAGCACGCAUGAAAGCUGAAACAAAGGAAAGGACUUUGAAAAUCUUUCUGUUGUCUCAAAAGCACAUAGUCUAUACCGAGCCUCUCAAUGUUCGAGCAGGAAGCACUGUGACAGUUUUCUAUAAUCCUGCCAACACCGUGCUAAAUGGAAAACCCGAAAUUUGGUUUAGAUGCUCGUUUAACCGUUGGACCCACCGAAUGGGUACCUUGCCACCUCAGAAAAUGUUGCCUGCAGAAUAUGGCUCUCAUGUCAAAGCCACUGUCAAGGUUCCAUUAGAUGCAUAUAUGAUGGACUUUGUAUUCUCCGAGAGGGAAGAUGGUGGAAUUUUUGACAACAAAAAUGGUAUGGACUACCACUUACCUGUAUUUGGAGGAGUUGUAAAGGAACCACCAAUGCACAUUGUCCAUAUUGCUGUUGAAAUGGCACCCAUUGCAAAGGUGGGAGGCCUUGGUGAUGUUGUCACUAGUCUUUCACGCGCUGUUCAGGAUUUAAACCACAAUGUUGAUAUCAUCCUUCCAAAGUAUGACUGUUUGAGGUUUAACAAUGUAAAGGACUUUCAGUUUCAUAAAAGCUACUUCUGGGGUGGGACUGAGAUAAAAGUUUGGUUUGGGAAGGUGGAAGGACUUUCUGUCUACUUUUUGGACCCUCAAAACGGAUUCUUUUCGGCUGGGUGCAUCUAUGGUUGUAGGAAUGAUGGGGAAAGAUUUGGUUUCUUUUGUCACGCUGCUCUUGAAUUUCUUCUUCAAAGUGGAUUUCAUCCUGAUAUUAUCCAUUGCCAUGAUUGGACUAGUGCUCCAGUUGCUUGGUUAUUUAAGGAGCAUUAUAUGCAUUAUGGUCUUAGUAAAGCUCGAGUUGUCUUCACUAUUCAUAACCUUGAAUUUGGGGCACCCCUCAUUGGGAAAGCAAUGGCAUACUCAGACAAGGCUACAACUGUUUCACCCAAUUACUCACAGGAGGUUUCUGGAAACUCUGCCAUUGCUCCUCAUCUUUACAAGUUCCAUGGUAUAUUAAAUGGAAUUGACCCAGAUAUCUGGGAUCCAUAUAAUGAUAAAUUCAUUCCCGUGUCAUACACUUCAGAAAAUGUUGUUGAAGGCAAAAGGGCAGCCAAGGAAGCCUUGCAACAGAGACUUGGUUUAAAAAGUGCCGAUCUGCCUUUGGUAGGAAUUAUCACUCGCUUAACUCAUCAGAAAGGAAUCCACCUCAUCAAACAUGCCAUCUGGCGCACCCUGGAACGCAAUGGGCAGGUUGUAUUGCUGGGUUCAGCUCCAGAUCCUCGCAUUCAAAACGAUUUUGUUAAUUUGUCCAAUCAGUUGCAUUCUUCACAUAAUGACCGUGCACGUCUCUGUUUGACCUAUGACGAGCCUCUUUCUCACUUGAUAUAUGCUGGUGCAGAUUUCAUUUUAGUCCCUUCCAUAUUUGAGCCAUGUGGACUAACUCAACUCACAGCAAUGAGAUAUGGUUCAAUACCUGUUGUUCGUAGAACUGGAGGACUCUACGAUACUGUAUUUGACGUAGACAACGAUAAAGAGAGAGCACAGGCACAAGGUUUUGAGCCAAAUGGAUUUAACUUUGAUGGAGCUGAUGCUGCUGGGGUUGAUUAUGCUCUUAAUAGAGCAAUCUCUGCUUGGUAUGAUGGACGGGAUUGGUUUAACUCACUAUGCAAGCUCGUGAUGGAGCAAGAUUGGUCUUGGAACCGGCCUGCUCUUGAUUAUUUGGAGCUCUACCAUGCAGCUCGAAAAUGAGAAUAAGAAAUUGAGGUACAGUUGGGGUUAGGAAAAGUGAUACAAGUUUACCAUGUCGGACAUUUUGUACAGUUUUAGUGAUAGGUCAU